AUGACGCCCUGCAAGAAGCGGGUCUGCUGCGAGAUCACCGAGGCCUACAAACUUUGGGUCAAGGACGGCGGCGUGAAAUGGCUGUUCCGCGACGCCUACACACGCGUGGGAGGUCGCUAG